CCGUCACGCAAACACAUAUGAUUUAUCAUCCAUAUAUAUAAACACUUCUUCACCAAAACCUCAUACAACACCACAAUUAACAGAUUUAUUGUUUUUGGAAAUAAUCAAAACUUAAAAACUAUCAGAAUGGGAACGUUCUUAGGACACUUUGUGCCUGGUCUCUCACUUGCUCUUCUUGGUCUUUGGCAUCUCUUCAACACCAUAAGAUCUUACUGUCUUAAAGGCCCUGAAGCUUUCUCUGCAAAAUUCUGGUUCCCUUUCCCUAAACUCAAACAUCUUGAGCUUAUCUUGAUUCUCUUCUUCUCCUUCCUCUCCAUCACUCUCCUCACCCUAGAUUUCCCUAAUUUCAACUUCUCCUCUCUCAAACCAGACAACCUAGAACAUGCUUCCAUGUUCCUCCACCUCAUUAUCUUUGCGUGUUUCGCUCUCUUCUGCGAGCUAACCCUUUGCUCAGAUCUCUUCUCCGGUCUAAUCGGAGUUCUUUCUGCCUCUGUCUUCGCUCAAGAACUCUUCCUUCUUCAUUUUCAUUCCACUGAUCAUUCAGGUCUUGAAGGUCACUACCAUUUCCUUCUCCAACUCAUUGCUUUCGUCUCCUUCUCCUCGGCGCUAGCUUCUGCUUCGUUCCCUAAAUCCUUCUCUGCGGCUCUAUUCCUCCCGAUAUCGGUUAUGUUUCAAGGAUGCUGGUUCUUGAACAUGGGGUUCAUGCUUUGGAUCCCAGAGUAUGUUCCUAGAGGUUGCGUGAGUAACAUGUCAACAUCUACAGACAAUAAUAGAAGGAGUGUUUAUCAUAGUGGUGCGGUGGCUUGUGAGUCCCCUGGUGCUGAGAUUAGGGCAAAAGCAUUGGCGAAUCUGCAGUUUAGUUGGAUGUUGUCUGCUAUACUUAUCAUUACAUGUGCCUUGUGCCUCAAGUAUUCCGGUAAAGUUGUGUUGCCUAAGAUUAGGUCAUCGUUGGAGUACGAGCGUCUUUGCCGGCAAGGAAGUGAUCGUUCUGCAACCGUAACGGUGGAAGCACCGGCCAGUUCCGAUCAACAAUAGAUUUUCCUUACUUUAAUUUAUCAUCUGAAUAUGAUGUAAUAUGUACAUAUAGUACACUAAUAAGUAGCCCUAAUAAUAGUUACAUAAUUUAUAAGAGGGGGCAGAGUGUAACGCACUAAUGAUAGUGGACCCUUUCGCAUGCUUUGUGAACUAAUAAAAAUUUGCAUAUAGCAACAACUUGGUUACGAGUUUGAAAAUUAAAUUUAAUAACUUACUAAUAUAUCCCUAAUUCUUGCUAAACAGAAAUAAAAU